GGGGUUACUGGAGAUACUGUAGUAGUAGUAAGAAGUGCAUCUUAGUUCAGUAGUAUUGGAAGUGAUUAUGAUAGUUGGACACAUAGUUAAGCUGAAUUGGGAUGAGGCGACAUUGAGCAGUCCGUACGACAUUAUGCUCAGAACCCACCCCAAGUGACACUAAUAACAGUAACAGUAAUGACUGAAAAUCACGACAUUUCUCUCGCAGUUAAACUAAAGUCGAAGUUUUAGUAUGGUUCACUAAACUACUGCUAUAUAUGUCCAACCACAGACAUGGCUAAAUCAUCUACCCUCGUUACAUACUUUGUAGGGUUACUCCUAUUGGUGCAUUCGGGCUACUCAUCAUAUGAAUUUCAUAAAUUAUCAGCUAUUACUCAUCAAUCCCUGCAUCUUCCAAUAGAUAUAUUAGUAGAAACCCUUGUGGGUAUAAUAGUAAUAGUAAUUGGAGGAUUUAAUUCAAUUGAAAAUAGUUCAGUAUUAACAUUUGAUGGUCGUGAGAUUCAACCCGAUUAUAAAUAUCUUAAACCCAUAGAAAUGAAGGAUUCUGUCAAGUUGAUUGAACGAAUCGGAACUAGUGAUUAUGAAGAAUUGGAAUCAAGACUUCCAUUUAUUGAUAUAGUAGGUAAAAGGAAAAAGUAUGAUGAAUGGGUUAAAAGUCAUCAGGAUUGAAUAUAUUAGGGUAUAUAUGCAUAUAUAUAUAUAUAUAUAUAUUUAAUUAAUAAUUAAUUAAUUAGUUAUUUCUAUUAUGGUCUAUGUAUACUAAUUUACGCUAAUUGU